AUGUCCAGAGGCAGUGCAGCCGGCACUUUGUCUCAACAAGAGAUCCGCGAGGAAAAAGGAUGCCCGCCGCGCACUAUAAGGGAUGCGGAAGUCGCCUCGAUUGUGGCACCUCGAUUGUGGCAGAAGGAGGCGACGAAAGUCCUCAUGAAAUUCGCACAUCGCCCAUUCCCUGAGGACCCCUGA